AUCAACCAAACCAUGCUAGUGAUGCGAGGUACGGCGAAGUGGGAGGGUGCCGCGGCUCUUGCUGCUGCUUCAUGACCACCUCUUGAACAUUGUCGCGUGCUCUGUGUAUCGGAUUUCGUGCCAACAAACGAGGCAUGUGAUACUAGCGGGGACAAGUGCUGUGCGGGAAAUAAUUGAAUGUCGCCUGUUCUCAACCCCAUAGACAUGGAUAGGUAGUGAAGAGAUUCUGAAGGGCUUGAAUCUGUAUUAACGUUGUGACUAAGCCGCCAGAGAAAUAAUCCGAUGAUAAUCUAAACAGAUGAGUGUGUGUGGAGGUGGUGGAAACAGUGCCAGGCUUGCUCUGCCUCUGCAUGACCGCUGGGCCUCGCCGGACACCCUGUUUGUUGUCAUUACUAAAAUACUCAUCACGUCACAUUGAUCACACUGUCAACUCACAAUCAUCCUCGGAACUCAAAUUUCUUGCCCAGGACUGAAAUUAGCUAAGGCACACAAGAGAAAGAGCCAUGCCAGAGAAUCGAGCCGUGGUCAAUGUUAAGUGAAGGUGUAGGACGGCCGAUGCAGCCCCGAUGUAACGACCCUCUGCUCUACUUCCACUAAAGCAACACACACAGGCUGUGGAACACGGCGUUACUGUCCUGUUUCUUGAGUAUAACAUGAAUAUAAGCCAUGGUGCUUAACGAAGAACUGUGCAAGAAAAGAAGAAUGUUAUAACGCAGGGAUCCUUCCACUAGCCCACGCUCUCCCCUGUGAACGAGACCCUCCCAUCUGAGUGUUAGCGCCAAAAUGCUGCGGCGGCGCCUCGGUGUGCUGUUCACUGCGGUGCUGCUCACUCCUGCCUUCGUUCUCUUCUUUGUGGCCAGUCCUGACCUGAGUGGAGAGCAGGCAUUGGUGCAGAGAGUGGCAGAGUUAAGGGAAAGGCUCCACCAUGCCGAGAUGCUCAACCAGCAACGCCUCCAGGACGUGAUGGUGCUCUCACAGAAGUUCAACACCGUACUGCAGCCUAUCCUGCAGAAGAAUGGGACAGGCUACGGACAGCAACUUUCCAAGGAGGCCCGCAUGUUGCUCUCUAACCUGAGCCGCAGCAGUGCCCCAGACCUCCACCUCCCCUCCAUAUACAGUUACCUUCCACACUUGCUUCGCUCGCCAGAAUCAACCAGCCCUGCGUUUAAACUCUCUCAGGGCAGACACUCAGUGAGUCUGGUGCUGGGGGUGCCCACAGUGCGGCGGGAAGUGCAGAGCUACCUCAUGACGACUCUGGCCAACCUCAUCACCUCCAUGACGCCCCAAGAGAUGAAGGAAUGCCUCAUUGUGGUGUUUGUGGCUGAGUGGGACAUUGAUUAUGUCCAUCAGCUUGCCUCACAAAUUGAAAGGAAGUUCCCAGAGCACCUAGAGAGUGGCCUUCUGGAGGUGAUUUCUCCCCCUGAAUCCUUCUACCCUGACAUGAAUAACCUGAGGCAGACUCUUGGGGAUCCCAUGGAGCGAGUCAGAUGGAGAACCAAACAGAACCUGGACUUUGCCUUCCUUAUGAUGUACGCUCAGCCUAAAGGAAUGUUCUAUGUGCAGCUUGAGGAUGACAUACAAACAAAGAAAGGUUACAUUGCCACUAUGAAAAAAUUUGCUCUUCAGAAAACAGCUGAGAAAAAGAAUUGGUUUGUAUUGGACUUCUGCCAACUUGGUUUCAUCGGAAAAACUUUCAAGACCAUUGAUCUGUCAGCAUUGGUGACUUUUUUACUUGUGUUCCACAAUGACAAGCCUUGUGACUGGCUACUUGACCACCUUGUCCAGAACAAAGUUUGCAGAUUUGAUCAACCUUCGAAACAUUGCAAGAAGGCUAAGGAGAAUGUAUGGAUUCACUACAAGCCAUCAUUGUUCCAACACAUAGGAACUCACUCCUCUCUGAAGGGCAAAGUGCAGAAGUUGAAGGACAAACAGUUUGGAAAGAUCCAGUUGUUCUUCCCUCACAACAACCCCAGAGCCAGUGUGGAGACCAUGAUCAAGCCUUACAAGACCUACACUCUUCAGCGAGCAUACAGAGGGGAGUCAUAUUUCUGGGGUCUUCUCCCUCAGCAGGGUGACAAACUGCUCUUUAAUUUUGACCCUCCAGUGAGCCUGAAAGGCUUCCUGUUCCGCAGUGGCAAUGUGGAGCAUCCAUCUGACCGCCUGUACAACACCACAGUGGAGGUGCUGCCUGUCCAGCCUCUCUCCCACCUCCCUCACAAUAUCAGAACAAAAUUGAAAGUCACAAAUGAUAGUUAUUUAAUCAUAGGAGAGUUUGACGACAUGGGAGUGGCAGAAGGCAGUGUGGAGGAAGGUGUUGGGGUGGUGAGAAGUCUGCGCCUCAGCGUGCAUGAGGAGAGUGACAACUGGGCCAUCCUGAGUGAAAUUCACAUUCUGACCCCAGACUCAAGGUGACCCAGCCUGGCACUGGCAUUCACCCCCCAGUGCCGGUGUCACAGUUUAGUGUGCCAGCAGUGACUGUGGUUCCUCUUACCAAAUUCUGUUUUGAGACAUGUUGUGUCAUAUAUUUUUUUGAAUAUUUAUAAUAUAUCAUGUGAAGGUCUUGUCUUAUAUUGCAGGAAAUUCUUAGAUGUCAAAUUUUCUCCAAGGGUUUAUGUUUUUAAGAUGAUUUUCUGUUGAAGGAACUUGAAACUUAGAAAAUUGACAGACUGUACAUGUAACUCAGUCAAGUUCACUUCAGCAGACUGACAAUGAUCUGGUCAUUUUUCACCUUGGGGAAUUGUAGUGGUUAAGGUCAGGUAAUGGUUGAGUGGUGUGUGCAGCAUUUACUGAAACAGUAGUUGAUGAAUGCUUGACUGUGUGAUUUUGCACCUGCAGAGUUCUCGAGUGUAAAUAAAUUUGUUACAAAUUAUAUGAAAAGACCUGUACAUUUUCUUCUAAUUUAUAUAAUUUCAUAGAACUUUUGUCAUGUAAGGCACACUGUGUAGGAUGUAAAUAAUUGCAACUUUGUAAUAUAAUCCCAAAAUCUCUGUCCAUAAUAGUUAUAUAUGUACACACACACACACACACACACACACACACACACACACACACACACACACACACACACACACACACACACACACACACACACACACA